AUGUUUAUUAAGAACGACCAUGCCGGUGACAGAACUCGUCUAGAAGACUGGAGAAUUAAGGGUUACGAUCCAUUAACCCCACCUGAUCUUCUUCAACAUGAAUAUCCUAUUUCUGAAAGGGGUCAUAAGAUUAUUGUAGAUGCAAGAGAAGCUGUCUGUGAUAUAUUGAAUGGUAAAGAUGAUCGUUUAGUUAUUGUCAUUGGUCCAUGCUCUAUUCAUGAUCCAAAAGCUGCUUACGAAUAUGCCGACAGAUUAGCUAAAAUUGCCGCCACUCUUUCAAAGGAUCUUUUAAUUAUUAUGAGAGCUUACUUGGAAAAGCCAAGAACUACUGUAGGGUGGAAGGGAUUAAUUAAUGAUCCAGAUAUUGAUAACUCUUUCCAAAUAAAUAAGGGUUUGAGAAUAUCUAGGGAAAUGUUUACAAAACUAGUAGAAAAAUUACCAAUUGCUGGGGAAAUGUUGGAUACUAUUUCCCCACAAUUCCUAAGUGAUUGUUUCUCUCUAGGUGCCAUUGGUGCAAGAACUACCGAAUCCCAGCUACAUAGGGAGUUGGCCUCUGGAUUAUCUUUCCCAAUUGGGUUUAAAAAUGGUACUGAUGGUGGUUUACAAGUUUCCAUUGAUGCUAUGAGAGCUGCUGCUCAUGAACAUUACUUUUUAUCUGUUACCAAGCCAGGUGUCACAGCCAUUGUUGGUACUGAAGGUAACAAGGAUACCUUUGUAAUUUUAAGAGGUGGUAAGCAUGGUACUAAUUUCGAUGCUGAAAGUGUUCAAAUUACAAAAAAAGAACUAAAGAAAACCAACUUAAUUGACGCUAAUGAUACUCAACGGAGAAUUAUGAUCGAUUGUUCUCAUGGCAACAGUAAUAAGGACUAUAGAAAUCAACCAAAAGUCGCCCAGAGUAUUUAUGAUCAACUAACUGCCGGUGAAAAUGCCAUCUGUGGUGUUAUGAUCGAAUCCAACUUAGUAGAAGGAAGACAAGAUGUUCCACCAGAAGGUGGCCGUGCCGGUCUAAAAUACGGUUGUUCUAUUACUGAUGCUUGUAUUGGUUGGGAAAGUACUGAAGAUGUCCUAAAACAGCUUGCUGAAGGUGUUAGAAACAGAAGAGCCGCUUUAAGUAAAUAA